CGAAGAGAGAGAACACUAGAGUUGUGAGGUAAUAGGAGUCGAGUGUCACUUAUGCCAUGAUUACCAUGGGAGCUGGAGACAGCCUUUAAAUGUAUCUCAAUUAAAGGAGAAAGUGACAAUGCUAUCUGCCACCUGCCUCAUGAUAGGGUAGAAUUGAGCACUAUGCUAGAGUCCUUGCGGGAGAAGAGGACCCUCUUCCAGACCAACAAAGUCAGGUCAAUGGAAUGUUUCCACAUACCAUAUAAGCCAAUAUGAGGGGAAAAUAUAUUGUUAAUUUGAGAUUUGAAAAAUGAGCACAAGAGUUUUCUGGCUCUGUAAGAGAGGAAGAAAGAAAUCCAAUGGGAUCUCUUCAAACCUUACUCUGGAAGAAGUGUUCCAGUGGGCCGAGUCUUUUGAAAAACUGAUGACAACAAAAUAUGGUCCAGUAAUCUAUGCAGCAUACUUAAAAAUGGAGCACAGUGAUGAGAAUAUGAAAUUCUGGAUGGCAUGUGAGACAUACAAAAAAACUGCAUCACGAUUUAGCAGGAUCUCUAAGGCCAAGAAGCUUUACAAGACUUACAUUCAACCUCAGUCCCCUAGAGAGAUUAACAUUGACAGUCCUACCAGAGAAGCCAUCAUUAAGAACAUUCAGGAACCCACCCAGAAUUGUUUUGAUGAAGCUCAAAAAAUUGUGUACAUGCACAUGGAGAGAGAUUCUUACCCCAGAUUCCUAAGGUCAGAAUUAUACCAAAACCUCAUCAAAAGUCUGCAGAGGGAUGGUGAAAUCUGAAAAGCACAUUACCAUUUAAGGAACUGAAGAUGGUAUAUGGAAAGCACCUUCUUUGUUCUAACACCCUCUAUACAACAAAAUGAGGAAACAGGAAAGUGAGCAAGGAUGGAUUUAUAGCUUCCAAACAGGUGCUCUGCAAACUAGAAAUACAAGAGAAAUCCAGUGUAAUUUGAUUAUUAUACUAAAUGGAUUAUAACACAGGGCAAAUCAUGUACCUACCUCCCAGGGAUGUUGUGAGGAUAAAAUAAGAUUUUUGUAAAGUGCUUUGCAAACCUUAAAGUGCUAAAUAAAUGCUAGCUAGCUCAAUGUAAGCCUGAUAUAACAGUUUAUAUUUAAGUCAGAUGUUAAGAUUAUUUCCACAACACCAACAUCAAAGAGAUUCCACUCAAGUGAUGAAUUUAAAGCUUUUCAAAUUCAUGCAUUGGUUCUGCUCCUGGAUCACAGACACCUCAGGACCUCAAAAGUUGUACUUAGAUGAAGAUUAGCUCUAGGGUAGAUUAUAUACUGUAAAGAAAAUAUUCUUGCUUAAUAAAUUCGCUUAAUUGUUUUGAAUUAUCAAGAAUGUAAUGAGAUACUUCACAGUAGAAACCAAUCACAAGUUAAAGCCUCAGUAACAACAACAAAGGUGUGGUCUUAGACACUAUGUUACUUGCAUAGUAUUUCAUGUAUGGGCUAGUUUACAUGCAUACUUUUUCAUUGCUUUAUAGCUCAUUAAACUUCAACCAUUAGUAUAUUGCCUACAUUUUAAAGCAAUUACUGCACAUACAAAGCUCACUAUGUUUCCUAGUUGCAUAACAAAUUGAGGAUUUUUUUUUCAUUUAUACUUGAGUAUACUUUAAAAAUGAAAAAGAACACUGUCCUAUUUCUGGGAUUUUUUACUCGUGAUAUGAAUGUAUCAGGCCCAUACUCUGAUACAUGAGUGGCUCUCUGACCUGGUUGAUGUGAAUAGUGCCUCCCCCACUUCCUCCCACCCCUAGGCAUACUGUAGUUAUUCAUCCCAAGGUUUACCCCAUGUAAUUAUUGCCCUAUCUUUCUGUAAAAUAUAGAUGGGCAACUUAUCCAAUAUGCUGAUGACCUUUCUCUAGUUCUUUUAGUAUUCUGUGGAUCACAUUAGCCAUUAAAUUGAUAUAUGGACCUACAGAAGCCAUGAAUUCACAUUGUUCUUCUCUGUUUAUGUGAAAGAAGGAAGAAAUAGGUUUUGGUACAAAUGACUAGUGCAAAUUAAGGCUUACAUAUUACACCAGCCAGAACAUACAUCACUCUUCCCCUAGUGCCAAUCACAUUGGAAGAUGUGAGAAAUAUAGCACAUCUUUGUGAGAUUACUUCCCUGGAACAUUCACAGAUAUUAAAGGAACACUCUGUCCGCACUGUCUUUUUCCAAAGUUCAGUUCAUAAACCAUUUAUAAAACACCCGUGAUGUACAAGGCACUAGGCUAAGUAAAGGGCAUAAAAAGAUAAAAAUUAGCCCCUUCCCUCCAGGAACUUCCAUUCUACCAGUGGGCAGGUAGCAGUGAUGUUAUUCAUUGCAACCAUGGUAACCUGCUGGUUGAGACCAUUUUGAGGAGACGAUUUGUGACUUUUCUCAAAUCAUACUAGUAGAUGACCAUUUAUUACACACAUUAAGCAUUUAAUAAAUGUAUCUUGAAUUGAAAUUGAUUCAGAGUUAAUCUCAGUAAAGUCUGCUAAUAAUAACUGCUAACAUUUAUAGAAAAAUUCUGUGAAAUAGGUACUCUAGGUAUUAUCAAUCCCCAGUUUAGAGAUGAGCAACCUGACACUCAGGGAGGUGGUGAUUGGCCUUUGGUCACACAGUUCGUAUGUGGCAGGGCCAGAAUUUUGAACUCAGGUUUUCUUGAUUCCAGGCCCAGAAGACUGUUUACUACACCAUGCUGUCUUUCCAUAUUCUUGAGGACUUCAUACUCUGAAAAACACUAUAAAUAUAUACUAUUUCUCUUCCUUCCUGGAAUCAUUUUUAUUUCAUCCUAUUUCAUUUAUUUCAUCCUUUUUCAAUUUGGUAAAAUGCUUCCCAAGUGGCCUUGGUGCUACUAAUAAGAAGUGAAUCCUCUCACUUCAUGGGGGCACAUUAGCUCUUUUAGGUCACCAGGUCACAUCUCACUGACUGGUCCUUCCUUGAAGAUAUUGAAAAACUCAGCACCUGGAAAGGUUAAUUCACUUUUUAACAGAAGUGAGCAACUUACUUUUUUUUUAAAUUAUCAGGAUCAGAUGCAGCAUUUCUAAUAUGCAUAUUAAGAUUCAAAUUACCUGAUAUUUUGGAUAAGUAAUGUUUUCCACUCCUUAAAAAUAAACAAUAAUAAACUACACUCAUAAUAGAAAUCAUAAUCCCUGAUUUGCUAAUCAUAAUAUACCCUACCUCUACUCCUGAGACUAGGAAUACUCAACAUAAAAUACAAAAUGAAAUCACUUGUUUAAUGGGACAUAUAUAUUACAUUUAAAAGUUUUGAAAUGUUAAGCCACACAUAAAUUCAGAACUGGAAAGGACCUUUCCUUAGGGGACCAUUAGGUGCAACCCCUCAUCUUAAAGAUAAAGAAACUGAGGCACAGAGAAGUUAAGUGACUUGCCUAGGGUCAUAGAACUAGUAAAUUUCUGAAGCAAGAUUUGAUCUCAAAUCACUCUGAGUCCAAGUCCAGCACUCUAUCCACCAUGUCACCUAGCUACUGAAUAAACCUACCAACUAUUAGAGGUCAAUGUACUAUAAAGGUGUAUUGGAAAGAUAGUGUAGUAACCAUUCUAUUUAGUAUCAGAAGACCAAGGUGUAGAUCCUGGCUCUGUUUCCUAUCAGCGGCAUGAUUUUGAAUAAAUCAUUUUUAUUUCUCUGGGACCCACUACAAUGGGUCUACUAAUCCUUACACCAAAGGGUGGCAGACCAUAGGUCUUGUCCUCAACUUUGUUGCAUGGACCUGACUCACAGUUUUACAAGUCUGGUAACUCAGGAGUUUUUUAAGGCUUAUUUUUUUUCAGUUCUCUCAGGGGUGAUCUAGAGGACAGACUUAUGCUAACCAAACUAACAGUAUAUUAACUCACAAGGGAUUAACCAAAAUGACAGUUUAUCCCCUUAUGAUACGAAAUGAUAAUAAGAGUUGGCAUUUAAUAGUGUUUUCAGAUUUGCAAAGCUCUUUAUAAAUAAUACCUCAUUUUAUCCUCAGAACAACCCUGGGAGGUAGGUUCUGUUAUUACUUCCAUCUUACACAUAAGGAAACUAAAGCAUACAAAGGUUUCUUAAACUUGACCAAGAUCAAGCAGCUAGUAUCUGAGGUGGAAUUUGAAUUCUGGUCUUCCUGACUCUAGGACUCUAUCUACUCUGCCACCUAGGUGCUACUUCCAAAGGUGUUUGCCAUCAUCAUGGCAAAAAAUGGAUGAAAUUUAAGACAGAUUUCCUAUAGAUAAUGACCUUUGUUGAUAAGAUAGUAUUUAUUAAAUCAAGCCUCAAAAUACUGAAAAAGCCUCUUGAAGGAGCCUUACAACCAUUCAAAAGAGUUUGACCUCAAUAGCCCUACAGGUCUGUGUGAACCCACAGAGACUUUGGGGAGAGAGGAGACUUAGGCCACAGGUUACAAAAUUUUGUUCAUCUUACCAGUUGGAGGUAAAGAA